AUCAAUUUUGUAGCCUGCCAACUGUUCGCUCUUUUGGCUGCAUUUUGGUUUCGUAUUUACUUGGGUCCCAGCCAUGCCAGCUCUGCUGUUCGCCAUGCGUUUGCCACCCUCUUUGGAAUAUACUUUGCUGUCUUCUGCUUUGGGUGGUAUUCCAUUCAUCUUUUUGUCCUGGUGAUGAUGAACUAUGGCAUUAUGACUAUGGCAAGUAUUCCCAACAUCCACAGGUACUCCUUUGUUGUAGCUAUGGGAUACCUCACGUUGUGCCACAUAAGCCGAAUAUACAUAUUUCAUUAUGGUAUCCUCACUACAGAUUUUUCCGGUCCGCUGAUGAUCAUUACACAGAAGAUCACCACACUGGCGUGCCAGUUACAUGACGGAAUAGGGCGACAAGCUGAGGAACUCACUGCUGAGCAAAAUCGGCUUGCUGUAAAGACAAGACCUUCUUUACUGGAGUAUUUAAGCUAUCUCCUCAAUUUUAUGAGCAUCAUAGCUGGGCCUUGCAGCAAUUACAAGGACUAUAUAGCCUUCAUUGAAGGGAGGCAUGUGCACCUGAAACUGUUAGAAGUGAACUGGAAGCAGAAGGGUUAUGACAGACUUCCUGAUCCUUCUCCAACUGGAGCAGUGAUGUACAAACUGUGUAUCACACUAGUAUCUCUCAUUUUAUUCUUGACACUUACCAAGAACUUUCCUAUGGCAUAUAUUAUUGAUAAUGAAUUUCUUGAUAAAACACCCUUCUUGUCAAGACUUGGUUACCUGUAUGUUGUAACACAGGCAGCAAAACCAAAGUAUUACUUUGCAUGGACAUUAGCAGAUGCAGUCAACAAUGCAGCUGGCUAUGGAUUCAGUGGAGUUGAUGAGAGAGGCACUUUCCGCUGGGACCUGUUGUCCAAUUUAAAUAUCUGGAAUAUUGAGACUGCGACAAGUUUUAAAGUGUACAUUGAAAACUGGAACAUUCAGACAGCUGCCUGGCUAAAACGUGUUUGCUAUGACAGAGCUCCCUGGUACCCCACGGCUUUAACGUUCCUCCUCUCAGCCCUGUGGCAUGGUGUCUAUCCUGGAUAUUAUUUUACAUUUCUCACUGGAAUCCUUAUCACACUCGCAGCCAGAGCAAUAAGAAACAACUGCAGACAUCACUUCCUUUCAUCAGUGCCUCUCAAGAGAGCCUACGAUGUUGUCACCUGGGUUGUCACUCAGCUGUCCGUGUCCUACACUGUUGCACCUUUUGUUAUGCUGGCUGUGGAGCCCACCAUUAAGUUUUACAAGUCUAUGUAUUUUCACAUGCACAUUCUAAGCAUCCUGGUGUUGCUCAUGUUACCUAUCAGACCUCAAGCCCACUCCAUAAGAAAGCCUCAGAAUCAGGACAUGCAGAACUCUGUUAAAAACAAAGACAAAUGA